GUCAAACUUGCACAGACCCGGUCACAAACGCAGAAAUCAGGGACAGUGAAGUAUAUUUUCCCUACAGUGAUGACCCGUGCUACCAAUGUCAGUGCACCCGCGGGAAAACCAACUGCAAGAAUCUAGAAUGUACAGAUAUCACGGUCUGUCCCGACGGGUCGCAACCGUUCACAGUCGAGGGCGAGUGCUGCCUGAAGUGUCCAGGUACCUGCGGUGAAAUCUGCCAAACUAGAAGUU